GCCUGGCUCUCCAGAGCGGAUCACCCUACAGCAGCACACCGGCACAUCUGGAGGAUUCCCAACCUGCUGCACCUCCAGCAGCCGAGCCGAAUUCCGGGGCAGAUAUUCCGAAGGAGAUCCUGCCCACAUAUGCGGAGGCAGCGAUGAACCGAUGAAGUGGCAACGACAUCAUACUGAUACCUGUCCACUCUGUGAUCAACUCAUUGUGCUGAAUUAGCUUCCGUCGUCAUGGCGAAGAGCCCAGAGGUGAAACUGGCUGUUUUCGGGAGAGCUGGAGUGGGGAAAUCAGCCCUGGUGGUGAGGUUCCUGACCAAGCGCUUCAUCUGGGAGUAUGAUCCUACACUGGAGUCCACAUACCGACAUCAAGCCAGCAUAGAUGAUGAGAUGGUCAGCAUGGAAAUUCUGGACACAGCUGGACAGGAGGACCUGCCGCAGAAAGAGGGCCACAUGCGCUGGGGCGAUGGCUUCGUCCUGGUGUACGACAUCACAGACCGUGGGAGCUUCGAGGAGGUGGCCCCGUUGCGUGGUCUGCUGGAGGAGGUCAAGAGGCCCAAGCAUGCGCCGCUAGUGCUGGUAGGCAACAAGGCGGACCUGGAGCACGCACGGCAGGUGGCCACGGAGGAGGGCGAGCGGCUGGCAGCCGACAUGGCCUGCGCCUUCUAUGAGUGCUCAGCCUGUGCUGACCACGUAGGCACAGGUGGGGGUGUGGCAGAGGCCUUCUAUGAGUUGUGCCGUGAAGUGCGACGCCGUAGGGCUGUGCAAGGGAAGACUCGCCGCCGUAGCUCCACCACACAUGUAAAGCAGGCCAUCAACAAGAUGCUCACCAAGAUCAGCAGCUAGGGAGGAUUCGGAGAGCUAGAGUGCAAUGAGGAAAGAGAGGACAAGAAGGUAGAAUAUAAGGCAAGAGCGCCUAGAGUGAGGGGUUGAAGAAGUCAAGGAUACUGGGAAGGAGGAGAGCUUCAUCGCUUGGGUCAAGAAUCAGAAUCAUUCUGGACGGACCGGUCUGCUUUUCCAGGGCGGAUAGAAGAGAUUAUUAUGACUUUUUACAGCUGGGAUUUCUGUCUGAUGAGAAAGUGGACGAAAGCGUUCCCUGUCUAAAAAGAUGAGUUGUGUAUGCUACACAAUGUGCUGUCUGUAUACCAUGGUCCAUUGUGAAGUGCAAAAGAAAUGAAAGACAGUGUGUUUCAUCGUUUCCGUGCCAUAGCUUGUUCGUAGAAGAAUGUUUUUCCUACGCUCCAAGGCCUUGCCAUGUAUAUUUGUUCUCUGAGCUGUACUGAAGGAUUCAUUGAAACAUCAACAGAGUUAUCAGACUCGCAGAUCAGAACGUGGCCUGCAGGUUUCAUUCAGGAUUCAGCAUAUGUUGACCUGAGAGGGAUUCUUCUGAGCCUGGACACUGGCUGUCAAAUAAACUACCAUCCACCCUCAUAAUCAUAAAGUCCAUCAUGGCAUUUUUCACAUCAAACAGUGCGAGACCCUGCUCCUCUCCUCUCCAAAAAGUCUUGGAAUGUCUCCAUGUGUUUCUUUCAAAGUCAGAGAAGAUUCUAUCUCUGAAAGUAGGCGGGGUUCUUCUCUGGAACCAAGCAAGGCCUGGAGGGGACCAAUGCUUUUAAACAGCCUUUCUGUUCUUAUCAGUUCUAUGUUACAACCAUCAUCUUUUAUCCAGAUGUUUCCUCUGACUGCUCUUCAUUCUCACAGAGGCGAAUAUACCUUUAAUAAUGAAUGAUGUAUAUGCCUUAACAUCUCAAAUGAAUGACUUAAUCAUGAAAAAUUGUACAGUAAAUGUCAAUGAAAGUAAGGCUGUAUUUGCCAUAUUAACAUGCUAGUGUGUUUUUGGGCAAACACCAACCUUUUGUAAGAAAUCAGUCUCAUAUUGUAAUAUAAUGAUCAGUCUGAGAUGACAGACCCCCUGUCCCUCUUGCUGUGCAGUUGUAAUAAGGAUGUUAGAUAGGUAAAUAUGCAUAAAUGUUAUGGAAAGAAAAGAACUGUGUGCUUUCAUUUCCUCUUCCUCGUACUGACACACUUUCUCAUGAGUGUUAUGAUCCAUCACCGGCGUGACUCUGUAGUCACACUGUUUCUGAAGCAUCUAGCACUUCAAAGGCACAGCUGCAUGGUCCACUGUCCAUCUCACAGAACCGUUUGUUAUACAGAAGAGAUGGACAUUGGAGAUGGAAUCUAAGCACAGCGCCAGCCCAGUAUGUUCGAGGACACAGUCGAUGUCAGAGCAAGUUAAUUAAAAGAGCUUUUAUCUCA